ACAAAUUCGUCCGACCUCUUGUUCACCUAUUUGCAACCUAUACGACGUCCACGACUGCAUUAAUUGCCCUCACGAGCGUUCGACACAAGACAUCGGCAUCAGCAUCACGGAGCACGCGACACCUCGUGAAUUCGCUCCAUCGGAAACCAAGAUUUCCGGAGAAAGACUAAACAGGCGCGAGCCACCUCUCGACCAAAGUCACAAGCAAAUUCGACCACGCCGACCAUCUCCUCCUUACAUUCACCUCGCCACAAACACACCGUCGACCUCAAACCUACAUCUCCACGACAAACACCACCCACCAACCUCAACGCAUCCGGCACCUCGACCCAUAUCAAACCCACACACGAUGAAAUUCUUCUCCUCCUCCCACGAAUUCGCCUACUCCUGGGACGAAGUCAGCACAGCCAACUGGCGAAAAUACUGUCCCUGGAACGACAAAUCCACCCACGUAAUCGCCGUCGACACGCUUUCCCGCUCCCUCUCCCCCACCACCGGCAUCCUGCGCACCGAACGCCUCAUAACCUGCAAACAAUCCGCACCCUCCUGGCUACGAAGCAUACUCGGCAGCAAAGAAGACACAUCCCUCGUCUACGAAGUCUCAUACGUCGACGCGGCGGCGAAGAAGGUGACGAUGUGCAGUCAGAAUUUGACGUGGAAUGAUAUCUUGAGCGUGCAGGAGACGGUGGUGUAUCGCCCGGGUCCGAGAGGGAUGAAGGGGGAGACGACGACGAUUUUUGAACAGAGGGCGAAGAUUAUUGCGCUGUGUGGAGGUUGGCAGAAGAUUAAGAAUGCGGUGGAGGAUUUUAGUAUUGAGCGGUUCAAGCAGAAUGCGGCGAAAGGGAGGGAGGGGUUUGAGAGGGUGUUGAGGAUUUCGAGGGAGGUUUUUGCGGAGGAGAGGGAGAAGAGGGAGAUGCAGAGGGCGUGA